AUGUUGCGACGCAUCGCCAGCCGCACACUGAGGGAGCCGCUCCUUCGACCCUCCUCUCCCGGUCCUCAGCCUACUGCAGCCACCUCUGCCGCCGUCCUCUCGUACCAGUAUCAAAUUCUUCAGCAGUCACGAGGUCUUGUCUCCUCCGUCUUGCUAAGCAGUACUCGUGAUGCCUACGAGAGCAAAAAGUUGGCUGAGCUCAAGGUCGAGCUCAAGUCUCGUGGUCUGGCUUACUCCGGUCGUAAGGAAGAUCUGAUCAAGCGUCUCAUUGAUCAUGACUCGUACAUCAACGGCAGCACCGCAAACAUGUCCGAGCCCGGUGCUCGUCCUCAACUUCGUAAAAAGUCUACCCUGGCCUCGCUUCGAAGUGGCGAGGGAGAUGCUGCAAAGAAGAAGGAUUCCCCUGUCCCGCCUGCCCCCACAUCGCUGUCUGGCCACGCCACCAUUAAGGGCAAGCCUCCUACUGCCGAUGGCGCUAAGCCCCAGGGUCCCACUGUCGAGGCUGCCACCGCCAAGGCCGUCGCUGAAGCCAGCAAGCCUCUUGGAAGCAUGAAGGAGUUCGAGACGCCUGCCAACCUCGAGCCUGGUACUGUUCACAACGCUGCUGCUGACGGUCUUGCCGGUGAUACUACCGCCAAGGCUUCUCCUUCUCGAUCCGAGGAAGAACCUGCUGAAAAGACCACUCCACCUGGCCUUCCUCCUCAAAAGGCACCUCCCGCCAAGGAGACUUUCAACAUUCAGAUUCCUUACUAUCCCGACCCUCCCGCUCCUGGUGCUCAGAUCCCCGUCGUCACCUCUUACGCCUCGCCUCACAUCCGUCAGUCAGAAGCUGCUGAGCCUACCGAGAGAUCGCCGUUCAUGCCCAAGGCUAUCAGCGUCUCUGCCAGCUCGGCCAUUUCGCACGCCUCUGACAUGGCGGACCACGCCACUUCGGAAGACAACAAGUCUCGCAAGGCUAACGGGAUUCUUUCUGAUAUCCUUGCUGAUCUUCAGGCUUCCAUUGGCUCUUCCGGCAGCAACUCCUCUGAGUCUGCCAAGUCGAGUCUGAAUAAGAGCGUCGACGUCGCCAAGAGCGCCUUUAGCAGUGUCGCAGAGCAGGCCAAAGGUGCCUUUGCCUCGGCUGCCGGUGAAUCCUUCACUUCUGGCUCGUCUUCCUCUUCUUCUUCUUCCUCCUCUUCCUUUUCGUCUUCUAAGAGCGCAAACCGACCUUUGAACGACGAAGAGCGCACUGGCGCCUACGUUCUUGCCGGUAUCGUUGUCGGUGGUUUCGUCCUUGGCGGUCUCGGCAAGUCCAACAAGAGCAAGGACAACCACGACGAUCACCACCACCACAGCAAUGACAACCAGAAGUCUAACAGUGGUAAGACCGCCGACGUUGAAGGCAAGACUGUUGUCAACAAGGCCGUCCCCGUCGCUGCUGUUCCUCGAGGCGAUGGUGCUAACAAGUUUGAAUCCAACAAGCCUACCGGUUCCUCCUUCCAGUCUCCUGCAGGAAGCGAGACAUUGGCACCUAUCAUGUGUGUUCCCAAAGGCACUCAACUUUCUACUUCCACAGGAGUAACUGGCACCAUUGCCACCGAAGGAGCAGCUACAUUGGCAAGACUCGCACAGCUGUCCACUUGCGAGGUGAGCACUGUUCGUCCCUAG